AACUGCACAAGAGACAUGAACAAGAGAAAAGUCGACUGAUGGAAAAGUUUCAAGUCGCUGAAAACGUCCUCAAGGGUGAAGUGGACGAGCUGAGAGCAGAGCUGCAGGUUUACAACAAGCUGAAGAAGAGAGCCGAAAAUUCCACGUUUAAUAAAGACCUGCAGAGAAACAUUCAGGCACACGGCAGCCCAGGUGCAUUCUGGGAGUCUGAGCAGGAGUCUCUGGUGUUCGUCAUUGAGAUGAAGAGUGAGCGUGUGCAGGAGCAGAGCAGGAAGCUGCAGCAGAUGGACGAUCUGGUGGAGAAGAAUUUGUCGUUAGAAGAUCAGAUCAUCAACAUCCUGCAGCAGAACGAGGAUCUCAGAGUCCGGAUCGACAACUGUCAGACUGUCGCUCAGCAGUUAUCAAAGGAGCAGCAUGACCUGAAGGUGGCGCUGGAGAGGCAGGCAGCAGUGAACCAGAAUCUAUCUCAGGAAAAAGAGCAGCUGAUGUUCAAGCUGAGACACAGAGACUCGUGUCCGACCAUACACCUGCCGGUCAUGGUGCAGGAGCUCGCUCCCAGAUGACCUCACAGAUAAAAACCAGACUGUUUGACUCGAGCUGACGAGCAGUUUGUCUGGUUUCCUCAGACUGGACGAGAGCUGCACGUCCUACCAUCCACCAACAGGUGGCAUCGUCACGCCGCUGCUGCUCUGGUCCAGCUUUGAUUUCACAUCAGCGCUCGUUUAAAGUCUGAAUACGUCUGUUUGUCUCUGAGCCGCUUCACCACUGAGGGAGGACGGACAACUCACGACCCCUGCUGUCACUGAGGCGCCAUUACAGCUGCUCGGCUUCAGCCGAUACACAGACUCACAGACCCAGUGAGAAGAGACGUCAGAUCGUCUGCAGCUCCACCGAUCUGUCGUCUGCUCCUCCAGGUUCUCGCUUCACUCGUGGUUGUGUCACACGUUGUAACGGUUGAAGAACCUGGAAGUGAAUCAACUCUCAGAUCAAACGUUCAGUCGUGGUCAGUUCAUGUUUUAAUGCUGCUGAUAAGUUCACAGUCUCAGAGACGUCACUUCAUCCUCGAGGUCGGGUAAAACCGGACGGUGUGACUGAGCCUCUCGUCCUCGGUUCCCUCAGCGCUCGUUAGUUCCCACAACAAACUCAUCUAAUCCACCGUUUACUGCAGUUAAGUGUUUUUCUUUUUCUGUGUCGUGUUACGAUCGACUCCUGACACAAUAACAGACGUAAAGACAUCGAGCUGGUUCUGACGAUUUCAUAGAAACCCGUCGGUUUGGAACUUUUCUCUUUCUCCACGUUGCUGCGUCACUUCAGGUUGUUGACGACAAACCAGAGUUAAAGCAAAGAAACGUCUCGGAGAGAAGAGUGAACCUGAACCUUGAAGUGUUUACAAUCCUGAUUUCCACCAGUCUCAGUUUAAAGCAUGUUUUAGGGUAAAGAGCGAUGAUCACACGUUGCCUUUAAAACGCUUGAUGACUUGAUCGAGUUACUUUUUAAAAAUGUGAAAUGUUUCUGACAGUUUAUGGGAUUUAUGGGAUGUGAUGUUUGAAAUUGCCAAAAAAAACCUUGUCAGUGUUUUGACAUUUUCUCCUUAUGCACGAGCACUUUGACCAGUUUUUCACCUGGAGUUUGGAUAAGAGAGAUUUUUCCAUGUUGUAUAGUUCCGAACUUUUUCAGCUUCUUACUUGUAGAAAAGUAUUUUAUCUUUUUCUCGGUUGGUUUAAAGUCCAGCUGUUUGUUUUCAGCGUGUCUUAGCUACACGUAGUCAUAUUUUGUUGUUUUGGGCUUGACUAAAUAAAAAACUGAACCUCA